AAAAAAAUUUAAGAAGUAAAAUAUUAUGAGAAUGAAGGGAAAAAAAAAAAAAAAGAAAAGCAAAAAAAGAAAAGAAAAAAGAAAAGAGGGUUAAAGAUGAAUAGGAUGGUGGCACCUGAUGGAGACAAAGAAAUCAGAGAGGAUGGACUUAAUUCGGAGUUGGACUCAAGUCGAGAGUGGCAGAGGCAAAAGGCCAGCUAAAAAAAAAUUCAAAAGCCAAAUUGGAGGAGGGAGCCGUGACGAGACCAGCAUCCAAGAAGGAAGGAGAAUGGAAUGGGGAUGAAUUCCAAUGAAUUGCAUGAAUGAAUCCCAGCUGAGUCACAUUAAUAAUAUUGAACUAGUUGGGG